CCUAAAUCCACCAGCUGCUACAAUACUACCCAGGUACCUAGGUACACAAGCUCUGAAAAACGCAGUACUGGAAGAAUUUGCGCAACCAUGGCAAGCGAAACCAAUUCAGUCCCAGUGGUAGGAUGGAAGAAAGGACUGUCGCCCGAAGAAUUCGAUCAAUCUAUCAAACAGGCCUCACGAUGCGUCCGAAAGGGUGUUGACGAUGCACUCUCCCCCGACGAAACCGAAGAACUACAGCGUGCGGCUGCUUCUUAUCACUGGCAAUCGUGCUGGAAAUUCAUGCUACAUAUCUUUCAAUGUAGCCCAUGGGACUUAACAACUUGGGGUCUGCGAUUUGACAAUAAGUCGAUGUCCGCCUCCAUACGAGAACUCCAGCUAAUUCUCCCACACCCGAUUUGGGAGGGGAAUAUCGACAUCUUACGCUAUGUCCUUCAGAAGGCUGUGAUCUUCAGACUUAGAGCGGAUGUAGAGCCUUUGGGGCCCUUGGCACCAGGUAUUGCGGACGUCUUAAUUGCAAAUGAGAAGGAGGCUACACCUGACCUGGCGCUGCAAAUGUGGGCAGGAACCAAUCCUUCAACCAACAGCAACAUCGCCGCCCUACUCAAGCUACUUUCGACACGCCAGGGAAAGUUCGGACAAUCAACCUGGCCUCGCUCACCCUUUCUCAUUACGUUCAUGGAUGUAUACUACAUCCGUGACUGCCUGGACCUUCUCAAGGGCGAUUACCGAGCGCCGUUCACAGUCCAACAAUACUACGACUUUUUCGUUAGGCAGGAGACGCGAUCCCCGAAUCUAGCUACCAUCGACAAUAAAACCAUAUAGAAAUGGGACCGCGCUAUGCUUGCCAUCAGAAAACGCGAUGUGCGCCUGAAAGAACCGGAUACCUGCGUUGGAGAAGAGAGGAAACGCCACAAGAUUCUGGCAUACUGGAAGAGCUCGAGCUGCCAUGCAGGACUGGGGAAACUGAUUUCGGAAAACACCGUCCCGCAUCUCUUCUACCCGUGAUUUCGAGCUGUGCCAACUUCGCUGUUUUCUGCAAUGGCUAGGAGUACUGAUGCUUUGAGCAUUGGCGUCUUUAGUAAAGCAGGUAAUUCAAAUAUCAGCUUAGGGUAACUGCGAAUGCCAUAAGCAAUGCCGUAGGUUCUAGGUAGAUACGCUACUCCCAUUAAUUUGACUUAAUCCUACACUUCCCCUAAAUUUAUAACACCCGUCCUCGACUUACACGUUUGAACUAUAGGUACCUACCUACCUAACCUAACCUAACUUAACUUAACCUUGUUGUAGUUCAAACCCUUACGCCCUUCGGGAGGGCCU